AUGUUUAGGACUAUUUUGGUCAAAGAAGAGCAAAGGCCGCUACAAAGAAUAUUAUGGCGAGAUUCGAAGUCAGAGCCUUUAAAAUGCAUUCAGUUAAAAACUGUAACAUACGGUACAAAAUGCGCGCCUUAUCUAGCAUGCCGGACUCUGCGCAUGUUAGCUGGACAACAUAAAGAAGAAUAUCCAGAAGCCGGUGACAUUAUCGAGUCUGAAUGUUACAUGGACGACUUCCUAUCUGGAGCAGACACUUUUGACCAGGCGCAACAAGUUUGUAGUCAACUUAUAGAAGUUUUACAAAAGGGAAACUUCGUUCUUCAUAAAUGGACUACGAAUGAGCCUCAACUACUUACAAAUGCUGUAUCUACAAAUGAUGACACAGUAUAUGAUUUUACCCCUAGCGCAGCUGUCAAGACGUUGGGAGUGAAGUGGUUACCACAAAGCGACGCGCUUACUACAGCUAUUCCAGAGCUACAACAGUUCGAGCUUACUAAACGCAAUAUACUGUCUGCAAUAGCAAAAAUAUAUGAUUCUAUUGGCAUACUAGCGCCAACGGUCAUUAUAGCCAAGAUCCUCAUGCAAGACAUUUGGAAAGCCAAGAUUGAUUGGGACAUGGUCAUUCCAGAAGAUCUACAAAGAACUUGGCUAGAGUUUCAAGCUAAUCUGCCCGAGCUCAAAAACAUUAAUGUCCCUAGAUACUAUUUCUCUGAUAUACCAACGUGGAUAACCUUGAUAGGGUUCAGUGAUGCUUCUGCGAAAGCCUUCGGUGCUGUUGUUUAUUUCAGAGCCACAUAUCCUCACAAAGAACCCACCUGCAGUCUUGUUAUGGCGAAGACAAGAGUCAGUCCAAUUCGUGUUCAAUCAUUGCCAAGACUUGAACUAUCUGGAUGCUUAUUGUUAGCACACCUAGUUGACAAGCUGAGAAGAGCAUUCAAAGACAAAUUUAAAAUACAUGACAUUGUAUUAUUCACAGAUUCACAGAUUGUAUUACACUGGAUUAAGUCGCCAUACAAAAAACUACACACAUUUGUGUCUCAUAGACUAAUGGAGAUUAUAGAAUUGACUAAGUCUGAAAUGUGGAAUUACGUCAAUACCAAAGAGAACGCUGCUGAUUUACUCACACGAGGAGUUUACCCACAGAACUUACAGAGCAACUCACUCUGGUGGAACGGUCCAGAUUGGCUGCUUCGAGAUCCUAGUACAUGGCCAAUGGCCAACAUCAUCACCUGUGAUUACUGA